AGAAGGCCGUCCUGACGCUCGGGCCCAGGCCUCAGGAGCUGCCCUGCCGGCCCUGGGGUUGGCGGAGGGACUCUGGGAAUAUGCCGCAUGCCAGUCCGGGGCCUUCAUGAAGGGAGUGUUCACAUUUGUCACAGGCAGCAGUGCGACCUUCGGCCUGCAGAUGCUCCUCCAGAGGAGGUUUACGUAUCCUUGGCAGUGGAGCCUGCUGGGGGCCGUCGUUGCAGGCUCCGUGGCCAGCUAUGGGGUGACCAGGGUGGAGUCUCAGAAAUGCAGUGACCUCUGGCUCUUCCUGGAGACUGGGCAGCUCCCCAAAGAUAUGGGCACAGAUCAGCGUGUGUAAGAGAGCUUCAACUGGGGCCUGGGGCACAGCCCUCAGCACCCACACCCCAGAGUGACCCGGCCGUGUCCCCUGCCUGCACACGUGACCAGACCCAGCAGCUGCCCAGGAUGGGGUCAGAAAGGGCUGUUCCCAGGGUGGCGGUUUUCUCCAGGGAAGUGAGAAACAGAUGACGCUCGGAGCCAGAGGGCCCAUGUCCAGCUGCACGCUCCUGUUUGGGGGCAGCAGCCUGGGGGCGGGAUGGACAGGGUUUCCGUAGUCUGUGGUGCUCUGGCCCCUGCACCCCAAGUCCGAGGUAACGGCUGAUGUUGGGGAGUGAGAGUAAUAAACGGCGUGCCCUUUUCCACCCGA